AUGGUGCUGGCCGACUUUGGCGCCGACGUGAUCCGGAUCGACAAGACAAAUGCCACGCUGAAUCCCGACAGCCUCUGCCGCGGCAAACGGUCGAUUGCGGUGUCGCCAAAGGACCCGGACGGACUCGACCUGCUCAAGCAGCUGAUCGCCACGGCCGACGUCGUCAUCGACCCCUUCCGACCAGGUGUGCUCGAGAGGCUCGGGCUGGGCCCGCAGGACCUUGAGAAGGACAUCCAGCGCGGCCUCGUCCUGGCACGCCUGACUGGCUUCCAGAGAGUCGGCCCGUACGCCAACAUGGCCGGCCACGACAUCAACUACAUCGCGCUGAGCGGCGUCCUGUCGAUGCUGGGCAAGGCUGGCGACGCGCCUGAGCCGCCCUCCAACAUCCUGGGCGACUUUGCGGGAGGAUCAAUGAUCUGCUUGCUCGGGAUCCUGUUUGCGCUCAUCGAGCGGUCCAGGUCCGGACGGGGCCAGGUGGUCGAGGCCGACAUGGUGACGGGGGCGCGCUACGCCUCGACCUUCCUGCUGCUCACCAGCUACCUCUCUCACCCGCAGUACGGCGCCAUGCUCAACGACGGCACCGACGCGACGCGCGGCCGCAACAUCCUCGACGGCGGCGCGCCUUGGUACGGCGUCUACAAGUGCCAGGACGGCGGGUGGAUGAGCGUGGGCGCCAUCGAACCCCACUUCUACAAGGUCUUCCUCGACGUGCUCAAAAAGGCCCUUCCGUCCGCGCCCGCUGGUACGCAGCACCCGAGCGUCAAGACGCAGUUUGACCGCAACGAGUGGCCGCAGAUGCAGCGCUACUUUGCCGCCUGUUUCGCUCAGCUUCCACGGAAGGAUUGGGAGCGCUUCUUCCUGCGGACCGACGCAUGCGUCGCGCCCGUGCUGUCGCGGGACGAGGCGGCCCUCGACGGCGUCAUUCCCGGCGCCAACCCGGACAAUGUCGAGAGCGGCAACCCGGUGGUGCCGGGCGUCGCUCCGAAGCUCAGCAGGACCCCGGGCAGGAACCCAAGCGGAAGCGCCGGCGGCGAGUGGGAAGAUCAGGGAGCCGAGAUGCUCCUCACGCCCGGCGAGCACACCGACGACAUUCUCGCCGAGCUCGGCAUCGGCGGGGGAGACCGGCGCAUCGAGCUGUACCGCAGAGGGGCGGUCGACGGGCCCGACAAGCCCGAAGGACUGAUCAGGUCAAAGAUGUAG